AUGGAUGAGGAUUUUUCACAUAAUUUAAUUUUAAUUGCAAUUGAUUCAUUUGAUGUAUUUCGAUAUAAUGGUGAACGAUUCUUAUUUAAUGAAACUUCAAUAAAGAAAACUUUUCCAAUUAAAGCAAUGAAUAUGCAUCAAUGUAAAAUAAGAAUUUUCUUGGCAAAUGAUCCACCAUAUUUAUUUAGAGAAAUUAUAAAACAAAUAUCAAAAGCAUUAAAUUUUGAAAUAGAACCAUUCAUUUUAGAAGAUAAUGUUAAAAGUUAUGUUUUUGCAAAUGAUACAACAACAGGAGCUUUUAAAAUUCUGCAGGAUGGUGAUAUUCAAAUUGCAAUUGGACGACUACAUUUGGGACGAUCUCGUUCAAAAUAUUUUUCAUUUAGUCAUUCAUAUUAUGCAUCAUCUUUAGUAUUAAUAAUACAAGCUGGAGAAAAAUAUUCAUCAAUUGAAAGACUUCAAUUUCCAUUCACACUUAAUACAUGGUUAACAUUAAUUUCAAUGAUAAUCAUUGGGAUUCUUAUAAUAAUAAUAAUAGAAAGACGUAAAAUUAAAAUUCGAAAUUUUGUUUUUGGUCAUAAAAAUCAAAUACCAAUUUUAAAUAUGUUAAGUUCAUUUUUAGGUGGAAUUGUAAUACCACAGCCUCGUUUUAAUUUCGCUCGUUCAAUAUUAAUAUUUUGGAUAUGUACAAGUUUUGUUUUAAGAAAUGCUUAUCAAGCAGCACUUUAUAAUUUCAUUAGAAUGGAUCAAAUGAAAACUAUACCAUUAACAAUUAAUGAAGUUUUAUAUAAAAAUUAUAAAAUUUAUGCAUCAACAUCCGUUCAAGAUAUGCUAGUUAAAGUACCAUAUAUAAAAUAUUAUACAAAUAUUUUGAAUGUAUCCGAAUUAGAAACUUUUCAAGAAUUGCUUAUAAAUGACGAUGAUUAUGAAGAUGAUCAUGAUGAUGAUGAUAAUUAUAUUCAUAUUGCAAUAUUAUGCCCACAAAAAAAUUCAUUUUUAAAAAGAGCUAUUGAUUAUGAAGUUCAAAAAUAUAUGUAUAUGGGCUUUAUAAAAAAAUGGGAAGAGUUAUAUGUUGAUUUAAGAAGUGAUUAUGAUCGUAACAGUAAAUUACAGAAACAAAAACCAUUACGAAUUGACCAGUUGAUUGGAAUUUUUCAACUUUAUUAUCACCAAUUAUCAUCAAUAUCAUCACCAACAUCAUCAUCAAUAAUAACUUUAUCUUUGUCCUUUUAG